UUGGCAAUAAGUACCUAACAGAGAUGCCAACAUCAUGAAAAAAUGACGUUUGAGUCGGCCAUUUUGCAGUUUUUACGGUAACUGCUAUACACGUGUUGGUUGCCGAGAUGGCAGUUGCAAAGAAACCCGUGGCUAAAAAAGCCCAACUGCACCAGAAGUCUGGUAAGAAGGGAGUAAAAGGUGGCAAAAUCCGCGGUAAAGGCAUCAAGCGGAAGAUCAACCUGAAGUUCAUGAUCGACUGCACCCAUCCCGCUGAAGACAGCAUCCUCGAUGUAGGCAACUUCGAAAAAUACCUAAAGGAGCGUGUCAAAGUUGAGGGCAAAACAAAUAACCUGGGCAAUCACGUUGUCAUCGCAAGGGACAAGACCAAGAUCUCCAUCAACGCAGAUAUUCCCUUCUCAAAGAGGUAUCUGAAAUAUUUGACCAAGAGGUACCUCAAGAAGAACAACCUCCGUGAUUGGCUCCGAGUGGUGGCGUCUGCCCAUGACUCGUAUGAACUCCGUUACUUCAACAUUAAUGCUGACAGUGACAAUGAAGACAAUGAGGAUUAAGCUAUUGAUACAAUAAAAUAGUAAUUUACAAA